AUGGAGACGGUCAGUGAAAACACGAUUCCUUCCCUUAGGGAUAAAUCAGACGACGAAGAAGAGAUGGAGAGACACGCUUUCCGGGUUGAAGAAGAUGUAGCUGCAUUCAUCAACGAACCUCCCAUCCGACAUAACAUCUAUCCCGAUACCGAGAAUGAUAGUGAUACAGAUGAGGAGGAAGAUGGUGAAGAGCAACAAAUGAAACGACAGAGGACAAGAGAGCGUUAUCGAAUUAGAAGAGGUGAUGGGAAUCUCUUCGAGGGCCAAGUAUUCUUCAAUGGAGUUGCGUUCAAAGAGGCGGUAUUGGACUACGCUCUAAAGACUGGUCACAAUAUCAAGCAGUAUAGGUAUGACAAAACUAAACUUGGUUUUAGUUGUGUUGGUCGGAAUGUGGAUUCACACUGUCUGUGGCGUGUUAUUGCUCGAGUAAAGGAGAACCAGAGAGAUGAAUGUGAGAUGCUUAAGGUCCCUGUGAUAGCUAGGCUGUUUGUUGAUAAGAUAAGAGAAGAACCAAAAUAUUUCAUGCCAAUGAAGAUAGAAGAACUGAUCAAGGAGAGGUGGAAGAUCACGGUUUCUAGAGCACAAUGUCAAGCUGCUCGAAAUAAAGCAAUGGGGUGGAUUCAGAAGGAGUAUGAGACUCAGUUUGCUCGAAUCCGAGACUAUGCUGCCGAGAUUCUCGAGUCAAAUAUCAACUCUUCGGUGGAAGUCGAGACCAAGAGAAAUGAGGAAGGAAAAGAUGUGUUCGACCGUUUCUAUGUGUGUUUCGAUGUGCUUAGGAGGUCAUGGCAGGCUACAUGUAGACCUCUUAUUGGGAUGGAUGGCACAUUCUUGAGAGGGAAAACUAAAGGACAGUUGUUAGUGGCUCUUGGUCGAGAUGGGGAUAAUUCAAUCUACCCCAUUGCUUGGGCAGUUGUUCAAGUGGAAAACACUCCAAAUUGGGUGUGGUUUGUGAAGCAUAUCAAGACAGACUUGGGUUUAGGAGAUGGUGAUGGAUAUAUUAUGGUCUCCGAUCGUCAGAAGGUAAGCUUUGAUUAUCAUGUAAUUUUUUUCUAA